AUGUUAAAAAAAACAUUACUUGAAUAUCAAAACUAAACUGAAGAAUUUAUUAAUUAGAUAGAAAGCAAAUAAAACAUCUAAACAUAAAGAUAAAACUCCGAUCCUGAUAUUCCUGCAGAAUUCGGUGAUAUUGGAGAUGAAAUGAUAUAAAAGGAUAAUUAAAUAUAAAUAAAUGUUGAAGAUUAACUUGAUUUAGAAAAUAUAGAAAUAGCAACUUUCGGAGAAUCAACAAAUGACAAUAACAGUUUUAACAACUUAGAGGAUUAUAGAGUUUCUAAUACAGAUAAUAAAAGCUAAAAUGACCAAGAUGAAGAAGAAGUAGUUUAUGUUUUAGAUGAGAAUGGCUAUUUAUUAGAUGAAAAUGGUAAUUAUAUCUUAGAUGAUGAAGGUUAAAUGAUAAAAUUAAAUGAAGAACAUAUAUAAUAUUUAAAAGAAACUAAUAUGAUUGAAGAAAAUUUAUGA